AAUUUUUUUGAUUUUUACGAUACUCCCUUCGUUCUUUGCUUCCUUGCUCUCCCUGAAACCAAAUGCUUAUUCUCCCGCCAUUCACCUGCCGGAACUCCGCCGGCAAUGGAAUUCUCGGACGAGUGGAAGUCUCUGUGGCCAAUAUCUUCAUCCUAUUCGCCACCACUUCUACUCUCAAAUUAUUCACACGAAGAAAAUUCCUCCUCAAAACGACGCCGUAUUGAUAGUCCAAUUGGCCCUUUGAUUUUCAAGCCAUGUGCAGAAACCCUAAGACUACUCCUCCGGUCGCCAUUGUUAUCAACUCGGCUUCCUCCUCCAGUUCCUGAGUUUUCUCUACCAAGAUUUCUACAAACUUCAAGUAGUACACAUCCUUCUACAGCUUCUUCAAUUGCUACACAGUUUGUUACUCCACAGGUUUCUGAAUCAAUUCACAACUUUAAUGCAAUCCAAUUGCUCCCUUUCCCUAAUAUUUGUGAAACUAACAAACCCAAUUCGGUUCUUGGAUUUUUUCCAACUGGGGAAAAUUAUGACCAAGUUGGGUAUUUUAUACUAUGUUUUGAGGAUAAACAAGUUGUGGUUAAGAAAUUUAAGAAUGGGAAAUCUUUGUUAGUGCAUAAUCACAAGUUGAAUUUUAGGAUUUUGAGGUUAUUAGUGAACCCAGUUACUGUUAGUGAAAUUGAUGAUAGUGCUUCUUUAUCUACUUUUGGGUAUUUAUUGGUUUGUACUUUGUAUUCUGUUCAUUGGUAUAGUGUGAAGAUGGGGGUUAAAGGUGUUGGCAGUUUUACCGUAGAUUAUGUGGGUGGUGCUGAUAGAAACUUGUUUAAGGGUUGUGCUGUUUCUCAUGCUUGUUGGAGUCCACAUUUGAGAGAAGAGUGUGUUGUGUUGUUGGAAAAUGGGAACUUGUACUUGUUUGAUAUGGGUUCUUGCCCGAGGAGUCGGAUUUUGUUUGCUUGUGAUGUAUUGCAAGGGAAGAAAUUGCAGGUUUUGUGGGAUAAGUUGGAUAGAGAUGGAGAGUGGCUAAGCUGUGAAUUUAGCUGGCAUCCGAAGAUUUUGAUUGUUGCGAAUUCAAGGGCUGUGUUUUUGGUGGAUUUGAGGUCGGAGAAGGGCAAAGUCUGCACCUUGCUAAAGAUUGAGGCAGUGUCGUUGGGUAAAACUGAUAGAUUUCUUGCACUCUCUAGAGUGGAGUCUGACCCCUUUUGUUUUGCUGCAGUUUCUGGUCGCAUGCUUCUUCUUUGUGAUGUGAGGAAGCCAUUAAUGCCAUUGUUGCGGUGGGUACAUGGCCUGAAUAAUCCAGGUUACACGAUUGUUUUAAGAUUGUCAGACCUUAGGUCAAGCUCAAUAGAUGAUAAAUGGGCAUGGGCUACCGAAUCAGGGCGUUGCAUUUUGGUAGGAUCAUUUUGGGACAGUGAAUUUGCUCUAUUCUGCUACGGGCCAGGUAGCAAUCACGGCCGUGAGUUUCCUGAAAUAUCGAGGCUCAGUAAAUCGGUAUAUGCUUGGGGACAGCCUUCAGGCCUCUCACUUUCUGGUCGUGAUUGUUGUUGUGAAAGUUGUCUUAUGAGAGUAGAUUUCUCUAAAGACAUCCUUCCUGAUUGGAUUAAUUGGAGGCAAAAGGAAGUCAUUGUUUUGGGGUUUGGCAUUCUCAACAAUGGCCUUUCUAUUCAAUCAGAUGAUACUAAUAAUUCUGUUGGGUUUUUGCUUGUAAGGUUAAUGUCAUGUGGCAGUUUAGAAGCUCAGAGAUACACUGCAGCACGGGACUCUGAAGACAGGUCAGAAUCACCUUAUGGAGGGAAAUCUCUGUGCUCUGAAAAUAACCUUCUGUAUGAAAUGAGUAUUGGAGAAUUGGAAUUAAAAAAGAAACCUUACUACCUGAACCUUGAUUUUUUAAAAGGGUAUCUAAAUGGAACACUAACUAAAAUCCUUAGUAGGAAACACAUACACAACCAAAAGGAUUCCGAAGAAAAUCCAGCAGAGAUCCACCUGCAAAUAUGUCAGAAGCUUAAAGAAUCUGGCAUCACAAGACUGAGGCCAUCUCAAAACGUUUUUGAUGUUAUCAGAGGUAUCAGCUUUCCCGCAAGCAUUUAUGAGAUUGCUUUAGAAAGCAUUUGCGCCAGUUUGCCGAAUACUCUUCUGGGGCUGUCUUUUUCUGCCUUCUCAAGAUUCCCUGAAGUUCACCUGAAACCAAAGAAAGGUUCUCUAGAAUUGUUUUAUAUUUUGGACAAACUAUAUCCACUGCCUUUUCCCUUGCAUAAAUGUUGUAUUGAUGAGACAUCGGAAAAAGUUCAGUCUCCUAGUUCUUCUUCUGCUCCUGUUCUUCCUCCUCCUUUUCUGGUGGCUCUUAAUAGCCUCCAAAUAGCAGAAAGAGAUAUAUUGCCACUUGAUGCUGAACUUAGGCUUCAGAGUGAUAAAGUUAUGAAGGUGGCCCAUGAAAUCGGUCUGUCACACAUUGGUACUGAGCCUGGUGAUGGAUAUUCAGUUUCCCUUGAUCGAGAUACUGAAUGCCCUAGCAAUGUGAUUGAAAAAAUGAAGCCUCUCUGUUUGCAUGAACCCGUGGCAUUCUCUGACUGUAAUAUUUCUAAAAUGGACUCUGUCGGAGUAGAACCUGAUAAAAGAUUUAGAUCCUUCAUUUAUAAAAAACACCAAGAACCUGUCUCAAGUACUAGCAAAGAGAUGAUAGGAGUGGAGUUGUUCGAUGAGGAGUGCCCAGUAGAGCUCAAAUUCAAUGAUAGUUCCAUCAUGCUGGAGGCAAAUGAGCUGGAAACAUUUAAGUUGUUGAAACAAAAGGACUUAGGUUUUCAGAAAAGCUUUCAGUUGUAUCAAGAGUAUUUAAGUGGUUGAAUGAGGAUUGUUUCAGUGAAGCACAGUUAGGAGUAUCCAAUCUUCUCCAAGAAAUGGCUAUUACAGAUUGAGAUAGCAGGUUGAACAUCAAAGAGCUUGACAAUGAAUUUUUUGGAUUUCUUGCCGGCAAAGAGUAGCUCAUUGAGCCCUGAAGCUGGUAUCCAGAGACCACAUUGGCUAGAUUCUGUAACUCAAUAUGACAUCUCUGAGAUAUUUAAAGGGGGGAAAACCAGGAUGCCACUGUCGCGGAUCAUUGGACAGAGCAAGGCUAGACUUUCAGUCGUAGGCAUAACAUAAACUACUGGGAGUUCAACAGUGUUUACAGUCUAAAUCUGACUCUCUUACUUGGAAAAGUGAUGCAAAGGGGAGAUUUAAGGUGAGAGGUUGUUUAUCAACACUUAAGAAGAGAAUCUGGCAGCAUCCCAAACUGGCCUUGGAGCGGCAUUUGGAGAAACAAGGCACCUUUAAAGGUGGACUGCUUUACCUGGCUGGUGGCGCAGAAAGCAUGCCUAACCCAAGAGAACCUCAGAAAAGAGGGAUCAAUUUUUGCAGCAGGUGCCGUUUGUUUGAAAGUCAAAGUGAGGUUGUUAAUCACAUCUUCAUUCACUGCGCUUACACCACGGAGAUUUGGCAUUUCAUUGUUAAUGUUGUCGGGGUAGUUGGGCAAUGCCAAAGACAACUACAGAAUUAAUGCAAUGCUGGUAUUUUGAAAGGGCUGGAAAAGCACAAGGUAAUCUGGUGGAUCAUAUGGAAAGAAAGGAACAUAAGAAUUUUUUAGAGCAAAAAUGAUUCUGUAAUUAGCAUUAAAUACAUAUGCAUUUCUUUACUCUCUUUUUUUGGUGUAACAUGGCAAGUGCAAAUGACAUAGAUGCCAUGAUCGAAUUUUUUAGCUCAUUGCAGAAUUUGUAAUGUGGCUUUUCUGUGUGAUAUUCUGCAGUCCCUUGCUACACAUUAAUAAAACACCUUUACCAAUAAAAUGAAAAAUUAAAGAAACCUUCUUACUCUGUUA